UUACCAAUUUCUCAAUUUGCCCCCUGUGAUCAAAGCAAAUACACAAACACGUGACAGAGAUCUUAGUUUAGUGGGUUUGAUGUCCAAAUCCAAACACCCUUCUUCCCUUUUUCACUACCAUUUUGUAGAUCACACACACUGACGCCUUCCUCUCUCUGCUCCUUCAAUGGCGUUUUCCUCUCUCCCUAAUUACCGUUUUACCUUCGCUCCCAUUUUCUUCCUCCUCUUCCUAUGUUCCUUCAUCUUUUUCACCAAACGAAAUGCCGACGUUUCCCUUUCUCUCUACCAAGACCUCUCUUCCCAAUCCCCUUUUACCGUCUCUCUCGCCCCUCCUCCUCCUCCUUCAGUAUCCGAGCCCCAGAUCUCUUUUCCUGAUUCUGGGUCUGGUUCCUCUGACAUUGAGUCCUUAACGAACCCAUCUGCCCAAGAAACAGAGACUUCUAAUCAUCAAAUUGAGAAUAAGUUAUCUGUUAAUGGCGAAAAUGGUUCGGUUCCUCAUGGUGUAGCUGCUGCUUCUAUUGUGGCUGAUGAUGGUCCGGAUUUGUCAAUGGAGGGUCUGAAGCAAUGUGAUCUUUACAUGGGGACUUGGGUUAAAGAUGAAGAGCAUUAUCCGAUUUAUAAAGUGGGUUCUUGCCCUUAUGUUGAUGAGGCUUACGACUGUGGGAACAAUGGGAGAGCUGAUUCUGAGUACACGAAAUGGCGAUGGAAGCCUUAUGGCUGUGAUCUCCCGAGAUUUAAUGCAACAGACUUUCUGGUGAGACUGAGAGGGAAAAGAUUGAUGCUCGUUGGAGAUUCUAUGAACAGAAACCAGUUUGAAUCAAUCCUUUGUCUCCUUAGAGAAGGCCUUCAAGAUAAGAAGAGAAUGUUUGAGACCCAUGGCUACAAAAUUACCAAGGGAAGAGGUUACUUCGUUUUCAAGUUUAAGGAUUAUGACUGUACUGUCGAAUUUGUGAGAUCACAUUUUCUUGUGAGGGAGGGAAUUCGUAUAAAUGCUCAAGGAAACUCAAAUCCGACUCUAUCUAUAGAUCGAAUUGACAAGACUUCUGGACGCUGGAAGCGCGCUGACAUUCUUGUGUUUAAUACUGGCCACUGGUGGACUCAUGGAAAAACCGCUCGUGGGAAAAAUUAUUAUAAAGAAGGUGACGUUCUGUACCCGCAGUUCGAUGCUGUUGAGGCUUACAGACGAGCACUCAAGACAUGGGGAAACUGGAUCGAUAAUAAUAUAAAUCCAGCUAAGCAGCUAGUCUUCUAUAGAGGAUAUUCUUCUGCUCAUUUCAGAGGUGGAGAUUGGGAUUCAGGAGGGUCAUGCAAUGGUGAAACUGAACCAGUCUCAAAUGGUGCCAUCCUUGACAACUAUCCUUUGAAAAUGAAGAUAGUUGAGGAAACCAUUAAGGAAAUGAGGGUUCCAGUCAUACUUUUGAAUGUCACAAGGUUAACCAAUUUCCGCAAGGACGGUCACCCAUCAAUCUAUGGUAAGAAUCGUACUGCUUCGAGAAAGGUCUCAACUAGACGGCAGGACUGCAGCCAUUGGUGCCUCCCUGGGGUUCCUGAUGCCUGGAAUGAACUUAUUUACGCUGCUUUAGUUUCUCAAUCGAAAAAAUCCAAGUCCAUCUAGCUGAGCAACAGCAACAUGCAUUUCCUAAUUUGGGAAAGAAUCAAGAAGGGUUUCCUUGAAGAAGUUUCCCUUGGUGAAGGCUACAGUCUGAUUUGGCUGCUUUUUGGCAAACGCCAGCCGUAGCUUCUUGAUUGUUAACCAUUCCUUUUUGCUACCAACUGCUCCUAGCUGCUGUGUAUAGAAUCUCUUAUAUUUAUAUUAUGCUUAUCAGAUUCGGAAGAAGAUGUAUGAAAUUCAAUAGGUAGGGAGGCUUUGAAGAUUUGUUUUGGUGUAUUUUCAUAUAUAUUACAGAUAUGCAAUAUAGUUGGCAAAGUGAUAUCCAUAUAAUAAAUGAUCAAUUUUGUUCAUUA